UAGCGCAGAGUUUGGCACAAACACCGUCACGGAGACAGGCUCAUAGAGAGCUAGAGAUGAGCUCCACAAGGGCAAAGGAGAUGAGACCGCACGCGGUGUGCAUGCCUUAUCCAGCCCAAGGCCACAUCCACGCAACGCUCAAGCUAGCGCGCCUCCUCCACUCCAAGGGCUUCCACAUCACCUUCGUCCACACCGAGUCCAACUACAACCGAAUCCUCUCCGCCGGCGACAACGACAUCGGGGGCCUCGAUGACUUCAGGUUCGAGACGAUCCCCGACGGCGUGCCUCCUCACGCCCAGGGCCACGACUCUCUCCUCCUCGCAGUCCGGCACAAGCUCGCCUCGCCUUUCCGCGGCCUGUUGGAGAGGAUGAACGACCCUUGUUCCGGAGUUCCACCCGUCAGCUGCAUAAUUUCUGAUACUUUUACUACCUUCACGGUUGAGGUUGCUGAGGAAUUUGGGAUACCGGACGUGUUCUUUUGCUCCGUUAGCGCGGUUGGCUAUCUGGGAUUUAUUCAGUUCAAGGAUCUCGCCGAAAGAGGGUUGAUGCCUAUCGGAAGUGAAAAUGGAUACCUCGAGACUCCCAUCGACUGGAUACCAGGGAUCAAGAACAUCCGAUUGAAAAAUCUCCCGAAUAUCAGAAUAGAUGAUCCGGACAACAUCAUCUUCGACCUCCUCAAAGACGAAGCACAAGGAGCUCCUCGAGCAUCGGCAAUCAUCAUCAACACCUUUGAGGAUCUUGAGGAGGAAGUCCUCAAUGCAAUGGCAUCGUUUCUUCCUCCUAUCUACACGAUCGGACCCCUAACCUUGCUAUGUCGACAAGAACUUGAUAGCUCUGUGAAAACAGUCGGGUUCAAUAGCCUAUGGAGGGAGGAUUCCAGUUGCUUGCAAUGGCUAGAAGGAAGAGCACCUGGUUCAGUGAUGUACGUCAAUUUCGGAAGUAUAGCUUUGAUGACGGACGAGCAACUGAUUGAGUUCGGGUGGGGGUUGGCUAAUAGCGGCCACGACUUCUUGUGGGUGAUCAGGCCUAAUUCUAAAGAAGGAGAUCAUUCUUCUAUUUUACCGAAGGAGUUCUCGGAUGAGACGAGGGACAGGGGCUUGCUGACGACCUGGUGUCCGCAGGAGGAAGUGCUCAUGCACCCCUCGGUUGGAGGAUUUCUGACCCAUUGCGGGUGGAACUCGACAAUGGAGAGCCUAAGUGCCGGCGUCCCCAUGUUAUGCUGGCCGUAUAUUGGCGAUCAGCCAACGAAUUGCUGGUAUUUGUGUAGCCAGUUGGGGAUCGGUAUCGAGGUCGAUAGCAAUGUGAAGAGAGAGGGGGUCGAGGGGUUGAUCAGAGAAUUGAUGGGGGGUGAGAGAGGGAAGGAGAUGAAGAACAAGGCGUUGGAAUGGAAGGAAGCUGCGGUUAAGGCAACCGAGCCGGGGGGCAAGUCCUACGUGAACCUUGAUAGGGUGAUCAAGGAGGUGCUUCUUGCGAGGAAAGAGUAGCUGGGGUUUUAAUAUUCAAAGAUAAUAAGUACACGUGUCGCAUGACAUAUUUCUCUCCCUUUGUAUUAUGUUAGGUUAGUCGUUUCAAGCUUUUUCUAAUGUGCUGUAGUGUCGUGCAUAUGUUUUUGACCUAUAUAUUGUUUUCUUCUCCUGCUUCAUCUACUUGAAUAAAUUGCCGUGUUGUUUUACUAAA